UUUAACGAAAUAAAGGUGGAAACCGUGCUUGCAGUGAUUUUUUUUUUUUUCAAACGCUACUCCUUAACGAGAACCCCAUGCGUAUACCAGCGUCACCUUUUGCUACUGCUUCUGUCCCUGAAUCGUCUGAACCCUAAACCCUUGUACCGACCACUCAAUUGGAUUUUGGGAAAAAAUUAGGGUUUGGUUCACUCGAUUUUGCAUCGCCGCCGGUCCACUCCACAACCUUCCCCCUUCCUUCCGGUCUCGCCACCGACACACUGCCAACGGAGCCAAAGAAUCUUGCGCGUCGCCUUGCCACUGACGGACGGAACCAAUCACAUUUCGUAGCCAAUAAAACCAGAACGACGUUGUCUAGCCCUUGAUUGCGGACAAGGAUCUUUCACUCUAUCUAGGCCAGUUGCAGGGGCACCAAAAGAGGCCAGGGUGGCUCAUUUUGCCACCCUUAGUUAAGGGAAGUAGUGAAGAAAUUUGUGUGAUGUAGAAAGAAACACUCCAAAGAAAUGUGCAAGGCCGAUUCCGAUUGAAGUACAUCUUUAUGUACCAGCACCCUUCAGUGAGGCACCUCCUCCACGAGCAAACCCUCCUAUCAUCAGCUCUGUGCAAGCCACCUCUGAACGCAUGCACUAACCUCGAUUCAGAAUGAAGCUCGACGUGGAUGUGUUAAGAUAUCUAUCCAAAGAUGAUUUUAGGGUUCUCACCGCUGUUGAAUUGGGCAUGAGGAAUCAUGAAAUUGUGCCCACGGAACUCAUAGACCGAAUUGCACGUCUCAAGCAUGGAGGCACGUACAAGGUUUUGAAGAAUCUUCUCAAGCACAAGUUGUUGCAUCAUGACUCUUCUAAAUAUGAUGGAUUCCGCCUUACCUAUCUUGGCUAUGAUUUUCUUGCCAUUAAAACUAUGGUGAACAAAGGAGUGUUUGUUGCUGUUGGUCGCCAGAUUGGUGUUGGAAAGGAAUCUGAUAUAUUUGAGGUUGCCCGCGAAGAUGGAACUGUUUUGGCCAUGAAGUUGCAUAGACUUGGUAGAGUCUCUUUUAGAGCUGUCAAAUCUAAGCGUGACUACUUGAGACAUCGAAGUAGUUAUAAUUGGCUCUAUUUGUCUCGCCUUGCUGCCCUUAAAGAAUUUGCUUUUAUGAAGGCUUUAGAAACCCAUGGCUUUCCUGUUCCAAAUGCUGUAGAACACAAUAGACAUUGUGUAGUCAUGUCACUUGUUCAGGGUUAUCCUCUUGUACAGGUGAAGCAGUUACAGAAUCCAGAGACAGUUUUUGAGACAAUUAUCGGUCUAGUUGUUCGGUUGGCUGAACAUGGCCUUAUUCAUUGUGAUUUCAAUGAAUUCAAUAUCAUGAUUGGCGAUGAUGAAAAAAUUACCAUGAUUGACUUUCCACAAAUGGUAUCCGUGUCACACCGUAAUGCACAGAUGUACUUUGACCGUGAUGUUGAAUGCAUCUUUAAGUUUUUCAGGAAAAGGUUUAAUCUUUCUUUUGAAGAAAGCUUAGAUGAUAUUGAUGGUUCAGAUGAGGGGACAGAUGAAGUUGGAAAACCCUGUUUUUCUGCAAUAGAAAGAAGUGCUGGUUUUCUAGAUAGGGAACUUGCUGCCAGUGGCUUUACUAGAAAAGACGAAGAAGAUAUUCAAAGGUUCAUUGAAGUCGAGGCAGAGAGUGAUGCAAAUUCAGAUUCUGAAGAGGUUGAUGUAGUAGAAGAUCUGAAUGUAGCAGACACUAUUGACGGUGAUUCUUCAGACUUGUUGGAACAGAACGAGGGAUACGAGAGUCAGGGGAGAGAGGAGAGUUGUGAAGCACGUGAACGCAGUGGAUCUGAAAAGGAAGAUGCAAGUGAUAAUGAGGAAAACAAUGAAGAAGCAAUGGAAAAUGAAGCUGAACUUGUUAAGAGCUUGAAUAAGCAAAGACGACGCGCCAUAGCAUCAGCUCGCAAGGGGCAGAAGACUGCUGGAGCCAGAAAUUCCUAUAAAGAUAAAGGUGGUAGGUCAUCUCACAGUUCUAAAAUCCAGAAACAGUUGAACAGCUGGUGACAUAUGGUUCACCUUAUGGGGUGAACUUAAAGAAGGAAAUAUUAAGUUUUGGUAGGCUAUUGUAGACGACCGUUGUCUGUUCAAGCUUCCAACAAAAGUUCAGACAUUGGAAAGCAACUGGGUUAUGCUCGACCCCUCCUCUGGAGGUUAUUCAUAUUAUGGUGUUAUAUUUAUUUCGAAUUAAAAUUUUGCCAUUCUCUAUUGGAAAAUUGUCACAUUAGCAUA